AUGGCGGCGCCACAUAACAAACAUAUCUACAGCGGUAUACAUGCUCUGCGAGGCGGGAAACCGGAACUCGGCGACCUGGCCCUUAAUGACUUCCACCUCGUCUUCCGGUUCCCGCCCGAGUCGGCCAUUGCCGCCGAUCCCGAACUGAAGAAGCGGGUGAAGCAGGCCUGGUUUGCCUUCCAUGUCAUCGCCCAGUGCACCCUCAAGGCGACGCCCCCAUCGAGCGGUAUCCCCUCGUCAAUACGCAUACGCUUCCGUGAUUUCACCUACGUCAGCUUCAACUUUGCCGACGACAAGCAAGCUCGCGACGCCUAUGAUUUCAUACGAUCUAGGACCUGCAGACUGGGGAGUGUAGACAAGCUCCUAGCCUUUAGCUACUCUCCCCCACACGCCUCCCCCGAGUACAAGAUCAGUGGCUGGGAUGUGUACGACGCUAGGGCCGAGUUUCGGCGGCAGGGGAUAAGUGAGAAGGCGGCAGAUCUGGGCUGGAGAAUCACAUCAAUAAACGCAGACUAUUCGUUUUCCCCGACAUACCCGGCUGUCCUUGCCGUGCCAUCCAAGAUCUCGGACAACACUCUUAAGUACGCUGCCAACUUCCGGUCCCGUGCCCGCGUACCCACGCUAUCCUACCUCCACCCCGUCAACAACUGCACCAUAACUCGCAGCUCGCAGCCUUUUGUAGGUCUGAGAAUGAAGCGGAGCAUCCAGGAUGAGCGUCUCGUCGGCGCCUGCUUCUCUGCGGCAUCAGAUUUGACCGAUACUCCGCCGUCCGCGAUCGCGGAUCAGAGCCCGUCCUCAAGCCACGUGGACCUGAGUGCCGAGAGCGCGGAUGCUGACAUGUCGCUAUCUGAGACUGAGCGGAGGGAGGACGAGCUCAUCACCGGCAACGCCUUUUACGACGAGAAGACGGGGAAGAGGCUAAUAUAUGGUGCCCAGCAAAACAACUUGAUCGUGGACGCUCGUCCUGCCAUCAAUUCGUAUGCCAUGCAGGCCAUCGGUAUGGGUUCGGAAAACAUGGACUACUACAGGUUUGCUAGGAAGGUGUUCCUCAACAUAGACAAUAUUCACGUCAUGAGAGAGUCUUUAGAGAAGGUUGUCACCGCCAUCAAAGACGCUGAUGUGUCGCCCUUUCCGCCCAACAAGGAACUUCUGGCCAAGAGCAAGUGGCUAAAACACAUAACUGGAAUUCUCGACGGGUCAGCUAUCAUCGCUCGUCAGGUCAGCAUCCAGCACUCCCACGUCCUCAUACACUGCUCGGAUGGCUGGGACCGGACAAGUCAGCUCAGCGCGCUCGCUCAGCUGAUGCUGGAUCCGUAUUACCGCACUUUGGAAGGCUUUAUCGUUCUGGUGGAGAAGGACUGGCUCUCCUUUGGACACAUGUUUCAACUCAGAUCUGGCCAUUUGAGCCACGAGAGCUGGUUCACAGCUGAUAACGACGCCCUCGCUGGGUCGACGGUCAAGCCCGGUGACAACGACGGGCGAGGGGACGCCAUCGAAAACGCGCUAGCCAGUGCGAAACGGUUCUGGAUCAAGAAUGUCAGCAAUGACAAGGACAACUCGUCAGAGGCCGAUGAUGCUUCCGCUGUUGACGAGGCCAAGCAAGAGACUGUUCCCGUCGCAGAAGGGCAGGCAACGAGGCUGAAGGAUGUCUCACCCGUCUUCCACCAGUUCCUUGACGCGACAUACCAGCUUCUCCGGCAACACCCGACGAGGUUCGAAUUCAACGAGCGAUUUCUACGCCGCCUUCUUUACCACGUCUAUUCGUGCCAAUACGGUACCUUCCUGUAUAACAACGAGCGCCAGCGCCGAGAGGCCAAGUUGCAGGAGCGUACACGCAGUGUCUGGGCGUAUUUCUUGAGCCGGUGUCCAGAAUUCACGAACGGACAAUAUGACGCUACAAUAGACGACCAUACCAAGGGACGCGAACGGCUCAUAUUCCCGCGCCUCGGCGAGGUGCGGUGGUGGCAUCAAGUUUUUAACCGAACUGAUGAUGAAAUGAACGGCGACCUCAAUGCAUCUGCAGCAACCGCGGAGCGUGUUGCGGCUUAUGCGUCACAGACUUCGUCGACUCUUUCCGAGUCACCACAUUUCGGUGGAGAUGACAUGAGUAGUCCGCCAGAACGGGAUUGGACGAGCCCGACUAGGAGUCCCCAGCCGCCAACACUGAAGGCCAGUCAAUCAGUGCUCGCCGGCGUGGAGCUGGCCCACGAGGCUCUUACACCCGAGACGAGGAGUCCUCCGUCGUUAAACCGCAGCGCAAGUGCUGGGGAGGUGCCCGGAGCUCUUGCUGUCUUGCAAGACAAGAUAUCCGGACUCGGAAUAACUAAAGGGGUGUUUGGUGGGGCAUCCAGCGCGAGCAAUGGGAGGAAUCGACAUCGGCGAUUGGACCCGCGGGGUAAAAGACGGCUUUUACAUUCUAGCUAA